UUUAGUUUGAAAGGCAGCAUAGCAGCUCUGAUCGUUUGAAGAAGUUCUUCUCCAGGUGCCUGUUGCUGGUUAUUACAGCUUGCUCGUACUAGAUUAUGCACGAGAAAGAAGUGCCGAGGUUGCAAUUGUAGCUGAGGUUCCAUUCACGAGGAAGAAGGCUAGAGCUCAGGGGUGGAGACGAGGAACAGGUGUGAAAAGGAGGGGAGAUGGAGGCAGGGAAAUGGCUGGUAAGGAAAGCUUGCGGCUUGUGGGGUUCGGUGUAACAGGCAGGCAGGCAGAAGUAGUCAGGGAUGUGAGGUGAUGUGAUGGGAUGGGAUGGAGGAAGAACCUCGCGCGCAGGAAUGGAAGGGGAGCAUGAACAGUUUGGCGAUGGCGGGGGAGGAAGGGGAGGUUCCGCAAGGGGGAGAGAGUCAGAGGAUGGAGGGAAUCCUGGGAUGGCGAAUGGAAGAGGAGUGCCGUCAUCCAAGAAACUGAAGCUGGAUCCCGAUCGGUCACCCGUGGCAAUUUCAUCCGCAGAGGCAUCAGAGGAUCCGGGCGUGGACCGCACCAUCGACACAGCUUUCUCAAGUCUGGAGGCUGUGAAGGAACUCGAGGUGGAAGCAAUUCUGUGCAUGUCCAAGCACAAAGAGAAUCAGCGCAGAUCGGACGAGGCUCGCUCCCGGGUUCUGCAGGCAGGCAAUGCCGUCAGCCGAGCCGAGGAGGCUGCACGAAUCGCCAAGAAAGCCCAACGCAAGGCGGAGCACUCGUUUCGCAUCGCCGAAGAAUUGGCCCGAGUGUCCAAAAUCGCCGCCGACGAAGCGCAGGCCCGAUACACGGAGCUUCAAACUCAGUGGGAGAAGGAUCUGGAAACCAACUUGUCUCGAGUUCUCGUCCAGAAAAGCACGGUUGCCUAUGCGUACCGAGACCUGCAAGAAACUGCCGCCUCUCUGUCCUCAAUUCCCAUCAGAGACAUGCUGGACAAUUCGUGCGUGACGCAACUCGAGACUCUCGUCAAGAGAGUGAACGCCUGCUGGCUGCGCCUGACGACCGAGCGCAAAAAAUUCACCGAAACCAUAUCCAAUGUCAAGGCCACCCCUCAGUUGAUCAUGGAGGGCGCCUGCAGCCUGUCGACGACAACCAUGUAGAUGUUGCGGAGGAGGAGGUGCCGUGCGUUAGGAAACUUCCUAAGACUCGUGUGUUGCUGAAAUUUCAUAUGCUCUAAACUGCAUCUCAGUCUUAGCAGGACAAGCGAUCGGAAGACCACUUUUGAGUGCGUCUGUAGAUCUCAGGCCAGUUGGUACCCUGCCCCGUCAAUCUUACUCCUCAUGAUCAGAUCCGUCCUCGAUCUCCGCCUUCGAACGAGACCCGCAUUAGGGGCUGAAAUCCUCACUCCGACCCAACCCAUCCAUCUCGACCUAGAGCAGCAGUUGGAACCAUCCUGUGACACGAAAUGGAGGCAUGGGUAAAGUUAUACAGAUUUGUGUCAAUCCAAUCCUCGCCUAUUCCAAUCCAAUCAGCCAUUUCCUCCUAUUGGAAAUGGCUGAUUGAAUGCAAUGAAUUUUGUUCGACGUCCAAGAGUACUGAGCCUUCACAUUAGCAGGCCGAGGUGAAGGUUCUUGAUUCAGGUUAAGAGUGGAGUGCGAAGUAUUGUCGAAGGUUUUGCUCGUAGGACGAUCUUUCGAGGAUUUUCGAUGGAAGUAGGUUUCUGAAAGUCCGCUUUCCGACUUCAGUCAGUUCCAAAUACAAAUGGAAGUCCUGUUCUGAGACUCUGCACAUAAUUCGAUUUACGAUUUCACUCUCGGGUCUCUACGAAGUGAGAAGUUGUUCGAGAAGCUCGUAUUGAAAAAACCGCAAGUAAAUCUCUGGUACUCUCGAAGCUCUCGAUCAAAAACAGGGCUGAAUCUUGAGCAGAGCAAGUGUAGUCAAUUUUAUUGAAUGUUUCUCGAAAGUACCCAUAAAUAGAGGUGGAUGUCUGUGCCUGUUUAUUCUGU